UUUUUACCCCAUUUGAAAAGCCGAGUGAGAAUAGCGUCGCUUACCAAGAAUGUGUUUAUCAUAGCGCGCCUUGUUUUCAUCUUAUGACACAGAUGUGAAAUGUACAUUACGAUGGCCCUGUACCCUGCUCAUCGCGUUGUUUCUGGCGAACGGGUUGACAUGGAAAUUUGAAACGAAAUUCCGGAAAAGUGGGGCACUUGAGCGGUUCAUUCAUACAGUGCCAACAGAUGGCGAGAUUGACAGAAGGAAUUAGCGAUGCAUAGGACAACGCGAGCUCGUCUUGACGACCUGAACCAUCACCUAGUCUGUGUGUUAUGUGGAGGGUACUUCAUUGAUGCCACGUCGAUCAUCGAGUGCCUUCAUUCGUUCUGCCGGACGUGCAUUGUGCGGUACCUUGAGUCCAGCAAGUUCUGCCCCAUCUGUGAUGUCCAGGUGCACAAGACGCGGCCCCUUCUCAACAUCAGAGCGGACAAAACUCUCCAGAACCUUGUGUACAAGCUGGUGCCGGGCUUAUUCGAAGAUGAAAUGCGGAGACGCAGGCUGUUCUAUUCCACCCACCCUGAAGGCCGGAGGGUGGUGUGUCUGGAGGCCCGGGGGGAGGCAGUCAUGGAGAAGGAGUUGUGCCGAGAGGACGAAAACAUCAGCCUGUGUCUGGAUAUGAGCAAAAAUGGGCUGCCCCCUGACGAGUCAGAAAGUUAUCACUUCGAUAACAAGCCUGCCGACCGCCGUUUCUUGCUGUGUCCUUCCGCUCUGACCAUCGCACACCUUAAGAAAUUCAUCCGCAUGAAGUUCUCACUCCCAGAGCAUCACAAGCUCGACAUCUUCCACUCUGACGAGUCUCUCACAGAUACAUUCACCUUGUUAGAUAUCGCCUACAUCUACUCCUGGAGAAGGAAAGGCCCACUACGCCUUUUCUACACUGUCGACGACAAACCCAACAACAAGCGGAAACCGUCUGCUGCUGAAAGUGAGAUCGAGGCUGAUAAUGACGUAAAGAGAACAAAAAUGGAAGAAGUCGAGCGUGCAGAAGAUGAUACAAUUCCGUGCACGCAUAUCAAGCAGGAACGCCAAGCGGGGACGCAUUCGCAGAUAGAAAUAUGCGAUGCCGGUGAAAUGUUUAGCGACAUAAGUGAUUAUGAACCGUCUCCAUUACCAGACUACUGCCAGCAGAUUCACGUGACCAGCGAGGGAAGCGACAGCACGAUCACAUACGGAAAUACGGAGGACAACCAACAUGAACCCACAAACAAUAGUAACACAGCUACGGACGAUACGUCUGUCCAGAGUCUUUGCAGCAGUCGUGUCUGUGAUUCCGAGACUGCGAUGACUGAAAGCAGCAAUUCUGUUAUCACCACCGGAUAUACCAAAUUGCCUCCCUUGUCAAACAAAGAUCAAACUGUCAGUCAUUUUGCCCAAGGCAUUGACCAUUCACUUGACCGUACGUCCAAUACCAAAUUGAAUGAUGAGGGUUGUGUUGCUCAGAAACAAUUAAACGGAGUGACGAAAGACAAGCCAAUGCCGGAGGCACGUUCCAAUGGUGUUGGGUAUACUUCCGUUAAAAUAUGGCAGAAACCGAACGGUAUUACCCGCGUUAAGCCCGACAACAACGGUAUUAAACAACAAAAAGGUAUUGUGUGUACCAAAUUCCAGAAUACUGAAGACAGAGCAAACAAUAACACAAUAAACGUGGAAACCAAACUUCAAAAUGGACAUGAGGUGUCGUUUUCCGUCGACUUGAAAUCAGAACCUUUGGAUCUUUCGGAGCCUUCUAGGAAAGGUAUCUGCGGCCAGAAACCAAUCGUCAUCGGCGAAAUCGAUUUUUGAUUUCGUAAAAGAAAAUAUGUUUGGAAGGUUUACUUUGAUUAUUGUUUACCAUAUAUAUAGCCGUCGAUGUCAAAGUAUCUUCCGUUAUUUGACGGUGCUUUAUGUCGCCAAUGCAGAUGUAUAAUUAACGGCAUUGAAGCGGCUUACCCUUAUUGUGCUAUUGUGCUAUGAAUGUAUCUCCUCAUAAUUGGUGGUGCUGUCGAAACGAAGUCUUAUACAAGCUCAUUCUUUGUUUCCUUGAAGUUUUUUCAAGUCGUAGAAAGCCACGAGUCUUUGGGUCAAUUCGCCUUCAACAUCCCUAUACGUACAGGAAGCUAUACCUUAUAUAAAAACCAGAUGCGGAUUGGGAAUAAAGAGGUGAUGUAUGUAAAGAGAGAUAAAUGAAAUGUUUUGACAAAUCAUAUUCAUCACAGCUGGAAUUCUUCAAAAAUCAAAUUGUCAAACCAUACAGCAGCAUCUAUCUACGGUUAAGACAUCAAUAGGCUGACGGUGGAGGAAACCUCUUUCAAAUUACCCUGACUCGCGAAGAUGAUGUAAGUGUCACAAGCGAGACUCUCCAAUCAACGCACGUGUGUAGGACGAAAAGCGAAUGUCCUUCUUCUGGUUCUGUAUCCGUGUGAAGGAAGAAGUGCCUGGUACAUGUUCAGACUUUAAGCAAUUAUAUUAUGACUGACUACACGUCUCUGGGGCGGUUACCUUGUUUCCAUAGACUGUUAUGAUUUGUUAGACAGGAAACCUGGUCUCAAACUAAUUGCCAUCACUGACUGGGGAUGACUUUUGUUGUUAUAGUUUCAUGAUUAUCAUUGUAACACACAGUCAUUAAGUGUAAGGUUAGCGAUGGCCUGUCUUUCGUGGAUGUCGUUGUGGAGACGAUUGUUAAGUUUUAUCUCUGUGACUGUUUACUGUACAUGCACUGUGACGGUUCCUCUUAGGAUUCCGGGCACAUCGCAUGCACUGUGACAGUUCCUGCUAGGAUUCCGGGCACUUUGCAUGCACUGUGACGAUUCCUGCUAUGAUUCCGGGCACUUUGCAUGCACUGUGACGAUUCCUCCUAGGAUUCCGGGCACUUUGCUUGAACUAUGGCGGUUCUUCGUGGGAUUCUGGGCACAUCGCAUGCACUGUAACGGUUCCUCCUAGGAUUCCAGGCACUUUGCACGCACUGAACGGUUCCUCCUAGGAUUCCGGGCACUUUGCAUGCACUGUGACGGUUCCUGUUUGGAUUCCGGGCACUUUGCACGCACUGAACGGUUCUUCCUAGGAUUCCGGGCAUUUUGCAUGCACUGUGACGGUUCCUCCUUUGAUUCCGGGCACUUUGGAUCCACUGUGACGGUUCUUCGUGGGAUUCCGGGCACUUUGCACGCACUGUGACGGUUCCUGCUAGGAUUCCAAGCACUUUGCCUGUCCUGUCAUUGUUCAACAAUUAUUGAGUUUUGUUUCUUAUUUUGUUGUUUUUACUUGUUUAACACAGCUAAAAUAUUUCAACAAGUGCUAGUAUCUCCCUUAACAGCGAUCUACAAAUAUCCUUGAUAGGGCCCGUUCCUAUACUAAGGCUGUAAAUUUAGGGUGGCGGGUAUCCUUGAUAGGGCCCGUUCUUACGCUAAGGGUAUAUAUUUACGGUGAUGGAAGAGGGCAAGCUUUUCGUUCUUUGAAUCUUGGUGUAAGGCACUGAUAUAGUAUUGCAUCUGCAGCCUGUCAAAUUCCUGAUUUCAUCUUGAACGGUACUUCUUGCAUGUACCAGUCGCUUCGGUAGCUGGCUGACAAUCUUGCCAAGACAGUAUAGUAGGGUUCCGAUGAUGUUACUGGUGCUACAGUUCUAAAUAAAAUGGCAUGACGUGGGGCAUAAGUUUCAACAUUUCUUUCAACUUUUGUCAAAGUCGGCAAAUAUUGGUGAGGUCAAAUUGUGAUAAAUACGUUCAGUAAAUAAAUAUUAAUAUACAGUCUGUUUGGUUGGACAACUGAAUAGGUUUAUUAAUGUAAUCCUCUGAAAUAAAUAAAUAGAAGGGGGGAACAAUUUCUGUAAUCAUAAGACCUUUACUAAGAUCAGAGGUCAUGUACGAUUCCGACUCUAUCAUAAGCACGUGUUUAUGAAUCACUAUCAAAUAGUGUGAAUACCUUUAUCAAUAGGAGGAUGCGUAUAUAAUUUCAAUUACUUUCUAUAACAAUGUUUACAAUUUAGUAUCGACUUUUUCUGUUCAAAUCAGGUUUGAUAGCAUGCUAAUAUCUCAUGAUUGGUAUACUGUCAGUGACAAUUAGUGUGUAGCGGUUUGCAAGGUCAUAUGUGGCGAGUCCUCGGUUAAAGAGGAAAAGAAAAUCAUUUCUAUCACAGAAUAAAGUCGAUUAGCGGUCUUAGGUGGGCAUCAUCAACCUCAUAUUAAUUAAAUAAUUGCAGAAAUAGACCUACAUUGCUAUUGUCACGUGAAAUAUUCGUUCCUGUGAACAAUCCAUCAUGUAUUAUCUAGUAUUGAUAUGAGUUUUCAUAAAAAUAAAUAGAAUCUUCUCGAAUUGUUAAUAUUUAUAUAUGAUCGUAUUUUUUUAAAAUUUCACAUUUGGUAUUUACAUUUUUUUUUAAAUAUAAGCAUAGAUUGAUUUAUGACAGUAUGAAAAGUAUGACUAUCUGAUAAACACUAUGGGCGGCUUCAUCAGAUUACUUUGUGCUCACAAGAUUGUCUGUCGGCACAAACCAGAUCGGGAAGCCAGGUGACUUUGUGCAUUGCGUUUCAUCGUACCCCGAUUUCUUGGGGUUUUGCUUAUAAUAUCAACCACCGGCUUAUGCCCUAACAGCUGGGAUCGUUUGCUGAACAUGUUUGUGAUAUUCUUACAAUGCGAUAAAUGUCUGAUUACAGUAGAUGAAUAUCCUUAACCAUAUUCAUCAAUGGUGGUCCGUCGGUAUUCCAUGUACAUAUUAAGAACAAGCUAUAUGUUAGAAUGUAAAAUAAUAAUAUAUGAAAAUAAAUAUGCUUAACGUCGAACCAGCAAAAUGUUCGUCAGCUACAGAAAAGGCGAAUUUGAAGCCUUUGACAUCAUUUAAUCUCGUAGGAAAAUUAUCAGUAGUAAGGUGAAGCACGCGUCCCUCCCCUGAUCUACUUGUAAUUAUUAAUAUCAGUAUCCGUAUGAAUCACUGACAAAAUUAAAAACAGUAUUCCACCGUAUUGUAAAUAGUGCGUCUCAAUGUUAUGUUCCAAUUGACAGAGGUUAUGUUAAUUCAUCUACAUAUUCAGCCACAAAAUGUCAACCAGGAUUACGCAAGUUCAAACAUAUCUUCAAAGCUCGGUAUUAACAUAUCAGGCCUAGAACAAUGUUACGUAUUUACCGUUAUGAUGGUAAACGGUUCCGUUAUAAUAAUUACAUAACGUACCGGGACAGCACACCAUACAAAAAGUGAUAUUAUCGAAAAUAGCAUUUUCCUUAAAAAAUCGGAAUAUUAGAGCCAUUUGGACUUUAACUAUUCAAUCCUUUUCCAGGAAUUUUACAUUGAAUACAUUAUAACGAUUAUUUAUGGUGCAUGUAUGUUUCGGAGUUACAUAAUCCAGACUUGCUGGUUUGUGACGGUCAGCUUGGGAGUAACAUUAUUUUAAAAGAUAUAUUUUGGUUUCGCUAGUGGUAAGAUAAGUAUUAAUAAAUAUACAAAGUUAUUACUGGAAUAUGUCACUGUAAUUAUGGAUUAAUUAUGGUUUUAGGACUAUGGUCAUACAUCGAGGGCAUCCUUGCUUUUUUGUUUUGUGUAUUUUAUUUUGAAUUUAUUUGCAUUCACAGGCUGUUGUAGCAUGUCUUCGUUGAUGCUGUUGAAAACAGCUGUUUGUGUACCUAGUUCCCUGUUGUAGUGUAUAGCCCUGUCAUGCUGCGAUUCCUCUUAAAGAGAAUAAAACCAUACUGUUAA